GCUAUGAACAUGUCAAAUUGUGUAUUGUGUCUUACAAAGUCACGGGACGCUUUAAUUUUAUGGAAUUGUUUGCCGUCUCGUCAAGCGUCUCAUGAUCCCGAUCUAGUCCAAGCUUUAUCGAUGUUUUCACGAAUAAUACUGAUUGACAACCUGUAUUUUUGUUUUCUGUCGAUCAAACUAAUUUUUAGCUCCAUUUUGAGACCGAUUUUAGCUUUUAACUCUCUGUAUUUAUUGAGAUAUACGAGUUCCAAGUAGUCUUCACCGUUCACCACGAUAUACUUCGGGUAGCGAGUGACGUCACAAGUACUGGGUCGCGCGCUCCUAUUCUAUUUAAGCUACUGGGUUAACCUAUCAUAGACAGUUGGGCAUUAAGAUCUUUACCAACCAGUCGUAAGAAAUGUACUCCAAUCAGGAGGUUUGUACCCAAAUAUAAUUAUAAACAUUUAACCUGUCACUGAUCUGGGAUCUUUAUACAAUUUUAUAUAACUCUAAAGUUGGUAUUAUAAACUUAACUUGAACCCAUUUUUAGAACUUGACCCAAUCUGGUAUUUGACCCAAUCUGGAACUUGACCGGAUUCUGACUUGACCCAAUCUGGUAAAUCUAUAAUUAACUAUAUACUUGGAACUCGGAUAUUAUAUUAUAGUACUAGAUCUACAUAAAUGUUUCUCUAAUUAGCUCAGUUGUUUACUAUAGAACAAUCUGGUUAAAGCCAGAUUAACUAAUAUUGUAUGUUAAUAUUUCAUGAAUAAACUAUCAUGAACCAAUAAUAAAAUCAUAGAUUGAACUGGAACAUGUCUUAUUUAUCUCUCAGUAGGUAGAACCAAAUCUAACUCCCACACAUGUUACUUUCCCCUUAUUAACGCCUGGCAUAUAUUUAAAUCCUGACUAGCUUUAAGCUAACACCCUUUUCUCACUUUUAAGGGGGCGUAACAUCUGGUGUCAGAAGUGGGAUCUGUCGAGAGAUCUAUAGAAUUGAAGUUUGGAAAUCCAAUGAUAAUGAGACACCAUCUUUGUAGGUCUAAAUAAGAAAUAGAUUAAAAUCUUGACCGGUUUAUUUUACUUUUUUUUGAUGUGUGUGAUUGGAAGAUACAAUAGCGCCAAAUAUCGAUAUCCAUGAAUUCUGGAUUACAGAAAAUGAACAAAACGGUUUACAUGUCGUACAUGUGGAGACAUGCACUUUACUACUAAGGGUAAAUGUAGAGCUCACCUAAUUGAACAGCACUCAAAGAUAAACUUUAAAUGUACAAGGUGUGGUAAAGUGUUUUUGAGAAACACACCAGGUCAGUCGUGUCAUACAAGAAGGGAAGACUUCAUUCGAUUUCAUACAACCACUGGCCAACGUGGGGCUGAGGCCGAAGCCUGUCUUCAAGACUUUAUUAAAAAGAUAGAUGAAUUAAUAAUUGAUAAUAGAUACAACAAAGAAAAUCAUUCGCCCACAAAAAGAAUUGCAACAAGACCACAAUUAUACAUUAGAAAAAGAAAAAAUGACUUUGUAACACCAAAUGAAAAAAGAGUAAGAAGUAAAUCACCAUCAUCAUCAAGGUCGUCAUCAUCAUCUUCUGCAACAUCAACAACAUCUUCGUCAUCAUCAUCUUCUACGUCAUCUUCCACACACUCGUCUGAAAUAGAAAUGGCGACAUUAGAAGCCCUUGUUGUGGGAGAGAUCUGUGAAGAGAAUAAUACAAUUGAAAUCAGUGAAAGAGAAAAACAAAGAAGAAAAAGAGAAAAUGAAAGAAGGAUUAGUGAAAUGAGGCUAAAGGAAAGGGAAGAAAUAAGAAUGGCUACAGAUGUGAUAGAAAAAGAAUUAAGAAAAGAUGAAAGAGAGGAAAAUGAACAGAAAGAGAAGGAGAAAAGAGGAAAGUUGGAAAAAGAAAGGCUAGAAAAGGAAAGACUUGAAAAUGAAAGAAAAGAAAGGCUAGAAAAUGAUAGAUUGGAGAGAGAAAGACUUGAAAAUGAAAGAAAAGAAAAAGAAAGGCUAGAAAAUGAAAAGUUGGACAGAGAAAGAAAAGAAAGAGAAAGAAUAGAAAAUGAAAAGUUGGAGAGAGAAAGAGAAGAAAAAGAAAAACUAGAUAAUGAAAGAAAAGAGAAUGAAAGAAAAGAAAAAGAAAGACUUGAAAAUGAAAGAAAAGAAAGGCUAGAAAGAGAAAGACUUGAAAAUGAAAGAAAAGAAAAAGAAAGGCUAGAAAAUGAAAAGUUGGACAGAGAAAGAAAAGAAAAAGAAGAAAAAGAAAGAAUAGAAAAUGAAAGAAGAGAAAAAGAAGAAAAAGAAAGGCUAGAUAAUGAACAAAAAGAGAAGGAGAAAAGAGAAAAAUUGGAGAGAGAAAGAAAAGAGAAAAGUAUGACAAAGAAAAGAGUAGAAAAAACAGUUGAAAAUAAGGAAACAGAAAAAACAGAAAAAGAAAUGAAGAAGAAACUCGAGGAAAUUAAACACCAAGAAAUAAUAAUUUUGAAUGUAGGAGGAAUAAAAUAUUCUACAACAAGAGGAACGCUAUGUGCGGAAGAAAGCUUGCUGAAAAAUAUCGCAUUAGAGAUUGAUAAUGAAGAAAUAUAUAUUGAUCGGGACAGUAAAAAUUUCAGGACAAUACUUCAACAUCUCCGAUAUACCCGACAAGGUGAACUUACACCAGCUUCUCUGUUACCAAACAACAAAAUAGAACUGAAAGAACUAAUUCUUGAGUGUAAAUAUUAUGGUCUACUAAAAUUGUUGAAAAUAGCUACAGAAAAAAGAGAAAAACUAAUAGGACUAUUUUGAAAUUAAUAAAAGAUAAGUCAUAUCCAGAUAUCAUCAUCAAGUAACAGAAGUAAAUAUCAGAAAUUGAAUUAAAUAAAAAGAAAUGUCAUGUUAAUUAAUACAUGUAAACACCAAAGAAAAUAUCAGAAAAUGAAUUAUAAUUAUACAGAUAUGUCAUGUGUUCUUCACAUGUAAUUUCGCGUGGAAUAUAUAUAUGAAAAUUACCCAAGAUACAGAAGAAGAACAGAUGAAGAUUGUAAUUAAUUAUUAAGUAUAUAACUUAAAUAUCAUUACUUUAAAUUAUAUGUAUACAAUACCUUAAUU